AUCAGGCCCGGCCCGCAGCCAAAAUACCCGAGGAUUAGGUUUCGACCCUUCAAGGUUCCAACCCUUUUCUCGCCCUUGUUUAGUGUGGGCAUAUACAUAUAUAUAUGUAUAUUUCCAUUCAUGAUACGGGAUACACCCUCGAACUUUAAAAGAAAAGGAACGAGGGGGGUUGAGAAGAUCGACAGUGGAAUCGGUACUCCUACGAUCGUGGGACGAGUGAAAAACCAUAGGUAGGUCAAUCUAGUUGCAACCCGUCUCCGAUCAGGGUUUGGCGAGUUGCGUCUGUGCACGCCCGCCCGCUAGCAACCGCGGGAAAGUUUGGCUUGAAAGUGUGAAAGGCGAGAUGGCGGACGGUGAAGCAGGCAGUAGAAAAUUAUUGAAUGCGGAGGAGUUCCAACAAGGCCUUGCAAAACUUGAUACGGAGAUGGGAAAAGAUCCCAUUCUCUCGGCUUUUGCUCCCAUCAAAAUUAUCACAGCCGGUGGCUUCGUUGCGGUGUCUUACCUGAAAAGCCGCAAGAGCACCGAUGACAUCGACUAUCUGCUUGAUCCUGAAUGGGCCCAGGACGAGGAUAUAAAGCGACCACUGCGCGGCGCCAUGGAGAAAGUCGCGCACCUACUCCACCUCAACAAGAAUUGGAUCAAUGAAGACAUGGCCCUUUUCGUCACGCGAAACUCAAGAGAGUAUCUCUUCCGCAAAGCUGAAGAGCAGAAUAUUAUUCUCUGGGAAGGCACAAAUCUAUGCGUCAUGGCCGCCCCGAUGGAGUGGGCUCUCGAGAGGAAAUUGAGGAGAAUUCAUCAUGCCGACCGUGGCCGGAAGACCAGUCAUGAUAUGCAGGACGCCAUUGCCAUGCUGAAGCAUUUGAGGGAUAAAAAUGGUGGGCCGUUGGACCGGACUUACAUUGCUGGAAUGAAUGUGAAUACGUUUGAUGUGCUUCCGGAUGCCACAACAAUGGAUCGGGUGGAAGCUGAAUACCAACGAACUUUUAACGAGAAAAUAUUUCGAUGA